AUUUGGGACAGUGUUCAACUUUUUGGUGAGUGACAAACCUACACCAGUUUGAGAAAAAGUCACGGACGUCCGGCCAUGCAGUGACUGUAACCCAUUUUUGGCCUCAUUUUGGAUAAUUGUGUUAUAGUUGCUAUGGCUCCAUUCGGGAAGAACUUUCUGAAAGCGCGUUUGAAAAACAGGUAAUUUUUUAUAUUCUUUUUUUUUCGUUCUCACCUGUUGCUUUCAGAACUGUAGAAUACUGUAUAUGAGGCACAUUUAACAUGUGGCGGAGGGAACUUAUGCUCCUCUGCCGGGUGCUAAACAUUCCUUAUUUUACGCACAUAAUUGAUUUAUGCAUCUGACCAAAAAGACCACCAAUGUGGCUGUUCAACAAUUCAGCUCUCAUUUCCGAAUCUAUUCAUGUGAGAGAAAACAGCAACGGCUAUUUUCGCAUUUCAUCCAGACUCUGAUACACUGUAACUCUUUAGCAUGUUCUCCAGCUCAGUGAAGGUAAAUGGUGCCAUUUUUUGUUGUUGAAAUUGUGGGAGGUUUUUGUAAGCAGGUGAAAUGGCCAUUUUAAUGUUGUAUGUAGACUGUGUGUGUGUGUGUGUGUGUGUGUGUGGUGAUGGGAAAGUGUGGCUGUCAAUACAUCUAAGUUAGACCAACUCUAUACACUAGAUGAACAGAUGACUGUUAGCAGACUCCUAUCACUCAGUCUGACAAAUUAUACCUGGCAUGACAGUAGUGACAUUUGAGGGGGGUCAUAACAUGGUAAUAACAUAAGAACACAUACAUUUCAGACCAUGAACAAUACCUACCUCAGUACUUUGUAAACUCUUGCCUAGGUUUGUUUUGACACUCAAGGCCGUGUCACAUCAGCUAUUACUAGGGUUCAUUUAACAUUGUGCACUGGAGAAAAUGUCUGACAUGGAAUUCUUAUCAUUAUCUCAUGCAUUAUAAUUAUAUAAUUAAAAUAAAAUACUCCUGGUAAAAUAUCCCUGUAGACAUUGGUGUGAGGUUUUAGGCCAGACAGAAAGACAUAAGAUGGAAUCAAAUAAGAGUUGACCUGCUCUUAAGAUGCAGACUAGUCUGUAAUUAAACCUAAGAUAGUUUUUCAUAAAACGUUUCUACCUGAGAGACUGUUUAGUGGGAGAGAGCAUUCCUGGUUCAAGUUUAGAGGGAUCCUGUCAUCGACACUUGUAUAAUUUGCUUGAGCAAUUUCCUUAAGUGGCUCGGUUCCCUUUUUGAUGUUUCAUGGCCCUAGAUGGCCUUUGAAAGGUGUUAAAAAAUUGAUUUAUUGUUUAGCCACGAGCGAUGCUGGGUCAAAUAAAUAAUUGUUUGUUGUUAAGAUACCUAAAUGCAAGCAUUUGAUGUGGUUAAUCUAAAACCACCAUCUAAUGCCUCCCUGCUUAAUGGACAUGUUGCAUGUUGUCAUGCUAUAGGCUAGUCCACAUCUAGGAUGCAAAGCUCCGAUCUACUCCAGUAUCUUUAAAAAAAUGUAUAGAGAAAAAUGUUUUAAUGGCUUUUGUUUGGCUGAAUUAACUUUGUUAUGGCUGACAUAACCUUAGUGAUGAGAAAAUAUAGAUAUGCAGUUUUAUGUCGGUCGAAGCGAAGGAAAACAUAUUUACACAUUUCUUCAGGCAUUCAUCGCUAACCCUGAUUGUGGCAGUGGCACCAGUCUGACACUAAUGUAUUUUCAUUGCACACACAGCUGACGACAAGUGAAGUAUUUAUCUGUCUAGUCCAACUGUCUUUGAUAACUUCAAACAGUCUCAGCUCAAGUUGCCUCAGUAGGUAAUUUUUUCAUGUUGUGUAGUAAUUACCCAGCAGCUUGGCCAACUAUAAUUAUCUCACGUUUUCAGAUCUCUAGAUAUGUCAAUGGUGACUUUACUUUAAGACUAGCUAACAAUUGAAGUUGUGUUGCAAGGAUAUACACCAAGUUGGAUUCAUUCCUUAAGAUUGGCUUAGAUAUACCUUAAAGGGGAAAAGAUAUUCAGUAUGAUAUGCUGUAGCUGUAUUCUAUGUUAGAAUAUGUAGAUAGACAGGAAGCUUGGUUAUGUUCAGCUGGAUCAAAAUAAUGUACCCUGAAGGUCAGACAAUUCAGAUUUGACCCUUUGAAACAUGUAGAUCACGUGUCAAACACAAUCCACAGAGGGCCGAGUGUCUGCAGGCUUUCUCUCAUUCUACAUUUUAGUCAUUUAGCAGACGCUCUUAUCCAGAGCGACUUACAGUUAGUGAGUGCAUACAUUUUUCAUACUGGCCCCCCGUGGGAAUCGAACCCACAACCCUGGCGUUGCAAGCGCCAUUCUCUACCAACUGAGCUACAGUUGUACUUGAUUGAUUAAUUAAGGUUACUGAUUAGUAAGGAACUCCCCUCACCUGGUUUUCUAGGUCUUAAUUGGACACAAAUUUAAAGAAGAAACCAAAAACCAGCAGACACUCGGCCCUCCAUGGAAUGAGUUUGACACCCCUGAUGUAGAUAGACAGGAAUCUUGGUUAUGUUCAGCUGGAUCAAAACAAUUUACCCUGAGAGUCAGACAAUUCAGAUUUGACCCUUUGAAACAGUCAGAAAAAAACAUACAUUCCUUUAAAAGUGGAUGCCACUUCUUUUCACAACCAUAUGAUACAGUAAGGAUUAGGGGAAGGGUGUAGAUUAUUUGGUAUUUUCUCCCAGAUGCCUAUCUGACUGGGAGUCAUCCUCAGAGAUUAACGAAACCAGAUAGAGAAGUGAUGUUAUUUCCUUCCAAAUCCCUCAUCCUCUUUAGAUAAGAGCCAGGAACUGGGAGCCUCUCCAGCCUGCAUCGCAAAUGGCAACCUAUUCCCUAUUUAGUGCACUACUUUUGACCAGGGCCAAUAGGGUAGGCUGCCAUUUGGGACACAGACGACCUAGUCUCCUCCAGUUUCGUCCCUUGAUAGUAGCCCUCCACAUGGGUAUUUGUGUUAGAGAAACUGCCUGUGGGACAUGGCCUUAAACAAACAGGAUUAACCCCACUUACUGUACAGUACAGUAUUCGCUCCCAUUUACUAUGGGCUUUCUUUUAUUGAAUGGAUGGGCUUUGAUUACAUAUGAAAAAUGAGGAUGGUUUCUAGUAUCUUUAGAAGGAUUUAGAGGUGAAACUGUCUGGUGCAUUCACUCUACUACAACUCUUUCAAGAACCGUUCCUGUCUUACUCUUCAGGCUCUGUUACUUUGUUACGUACUUUGAAUAUGGAUGUGAAGCAACAUAACACCGUUCCGUUUAUUCCAUUCCAGCCAUUACAAUUAGCCCUUCCUCCUAUAGCUCCUUCCACCAGCCUCCACUGAUAGGAUAACAACAGCUCAACAAAUGUUUACGUUCAUAGUAUCACAGAUUGGCAACUGUCACAUAAUAUUAAUGUAUCUAUGUUUCCCUGUUUUUCUAGUUGAUAGUGUCACUCAGUCAACACGUUGUGACACAGAGGAGCGCUAAUAAUUUGGUCUCACUUGUUGGGACUUGUUCAAACUUUAAACCAAAAGCAUGUGAUUCUUCAGAGUACAUUUGCCAAGGGUGGUUUUUAAAUUGAUGAGAUUGUUUGUACUGUAUUAAAUUACAUUUUAUGAUAUGUCUUAGGGAACAAGAAGCGCUCUAGCAAUGUGAUUGUGGCAUGAGCUACGAAUACUGUGGUGUUCCAACGUAGAUGACAGAAACACACAAACCUGGUAGUUUAAUGGAAUAAGGUUUCUCCUCCACCACAGGCUUUUAUGUACUUCCAACAUCUACCCUUUAAGUUCACACAGGGGUCAAGUGUGCUUGCUCAAGUUUCUGUAGAUUACUCAGCAUUUAGCUCCAUAUGCAAUAAGGAAUUAUUGAAUGAUACAGAUUUAUUUGACAUCAGCAAUGACAUUGAGUAGGACAUAGAACCUACAUGUAUGUAGACUUUGAUUGUGUGUAGUUUGUAUUUAGUUUUUUUUUACGAUUGGCACGCUCAAGUUCAUCAGCACAUUCAUGUACAUUUCUAUCAUAAAGUACUGUAUCUCAUUAAGUUUAUCAAUGUAGGCGCCCACAUACGUUCCUGCCCCAAACCAUAACAUAUUCCCUAGCUAUGCACAUGAAGUGAAACACCAGUUCACAGCCCUCAUGAAUGUAUUGGCUUUGAUUAAAUCAGCCCAAUGGUCCAUGCAGUCUUUGUAUUUGUCCAGGCAGGGAGUUGGCUCGACAGCAGCGGAGGAGACAAACCAUUCCCAGUGUUACACAGUGUGUACUUCUACUGUUGGCACCAGUUCACUGUUAUCUUAUCACCAGUUAAGUGUAAACAUGGUUGUCCUCAAGAGUGAGAGAGAGCAAGUUGUACUGUCCUCUUCUCCUCACUGAGACAGAACACGUUUUGACACAGGUCUCUGCUUCGGGUGCUGCCUCAAACGUAAGUGGGAAAAAAGGCCAGCUAACUAUGCCACUAACCAUGAUGUGAAUAUGUAUCAGUGCCGGAUGGGGACUAUUCCCAACACAGUUAAUUUGACAUCCAUAGUCCAGACAUGUGGAGACAUACUUACACAAUAUACCCAUAUUCGUUGCUCACGUUACAGUAGGUGCGCACCUCAUGUUCCAUAUUUACACAGCUCCAGUUAUGGAAUUCAUGUUUUCCUCCUCCCUGUACAUAGACUAGCAUUCUGGCAGGAAGUGGCAGGAUGUUGCCGUUGUUCCACUGAUUGUGGCCCUGCAGGACAAACACAGGUGCUUCCCUUCCUCUAGUGUUCUGGCUUCCUGUGACUUCCUGCACAGCUGAGGGUUUAGGUCAGCUGGCCCACCAUAACACUAAUUGGAUGUGUGUAUGUGUGAAUGUGUCUAUGCAACUUUUCUAUGUUUUUUAAAUGUAUUUUUCAGUUAAUUUUGGGGAAAAGGCUGCGUAUGCUAUUUUGUCAAAUCCUCAAAUACGUGAAUUAAUUAUGUUAAAUGCACUAGUUUAACUAUGAUUGAUGUUGACAUUUUGUUAAUGUAUUUACACCACUGAUAAGAGUUUGACACCUCCAUGGGAGUGUGCAGUCCUAUAUCCACCAUACUCUACUGUUCUCCUCAAUGAGACAGGAGUGUGCAGUCCUAUAUCCACCAUACUCUACUGUUCUCCUCAAUGAGACAGGAGUGUGCAGUCCUAUAUCCACCAUACUCUACUGUUCUCCUCAAUGAGACAGGAGUGUGCAGUCCUAUAUCCACCAUACUCUACUGUUCUCCUCAAUGAGACAGGAGUGUGCAGUCCUAUAUCCACCAUACUCUACUGUUCUCCUCAAUGAGACAGGAGUGUGCAGUCCUAUAUCCACCAUACUCUACUGUUCUCCUCAAUGAGACAGGAGUGUGCAGUCCUAUAUCCACCAUACUCUACUGUUCUCCUCAAUGAGACAGGAGUGUGCAGUCCUAUAUCCACCAUACUCUACUGUUCUCCUCAAUGAGACAGGAGUGUGCAGUCCUAUAUCCACCAUACUCUACUGUUCUCCUCAAUGAGACAGGAGUGUGCAGUCCUAUAUCCACCAUACUCUACUGUUCUCCUCAAUGAGACAGGAGUGUGCAGUCCUAUAUCCACCAUACUCUACUGUUCUCCUCAAUGAGACAGGAGUGUGCAGUCCUAUAUCCACCAUACUCUACUGUUCUCCUCAAUGAGACAGGAGUGUGCAGUCCUAUAUCCACCAUACUCUACUGUUCUCCUCAAUGAGACAGGAGUGUGCAGUCCUAUAUCCACCAUACUCUACUGUUCUCCUCAAUGAGACAGGAGUGUGCAGUCCUAUAUCCACCAUACUCUACUGUUCUCCUCAAUGAGACAGGAGUGUGCAGUCCUAUAUCCACCAUACUCUACUGUUCUCCUCAAUGAGACAGGAGGUGUGCAGUCCUAUAUCCACCAUACUCUACUGUUCUCCUCAAUGAGACAGGAGUGUGCAGUCCUAUAUCCACCAUACUCUACUGUUUCCUCAAUGAGACAGGAGUGUGCAGUCCUAUAUCCACCAUACUUACUGUUCUCCUCAAUGAGACAGGAGUGUGCAGUCCUAUAUCCACCAUACUCUACUGUUCUCCUCAAUGAGACAGGAGAGUGUGCAGUCCUAUAUCCACCAUACUCUACUGUUCUCCUCAAUGAGACAGGAGUGUGCAGUCCUAUAUCCACCAUACUCUACUGUUCUCCCUCAAUGAGACAGAGUGUGGCAGUCCUAUAUCCACCAUACUCUACUGUUUCUCUCAAUGAGACAGGAGUGUGCAGUCCCUAUAUCCACCAUACUCUAUGUUCUCCUAAUGAGACGGAGUGUGCAGUCUAUAUCCACCAUACUCUACUGUUCUCCUCAAUGAGACAGGAGUGUGCAGUCCUAUAUCCACCAUACUCUACUGUUCUCCUCAAUGAGACAGGAGUGUGCAGUCCUAUAUCCACCAUACUCUACUGUUCUCCUCAAUGAGACAGGAGUGUGCAGUCCUAUAUCCACCAUACUCUACUGUUCUCCUCAAUGAGACAGGAGUGUGCAGUCCUAUAUCCACCAUACUCUACUGUUCUCCUCAAUGAGACAGGAGUGUGCAGUCCUAUAUCCACCAUACUCUACUGUUCUCCUCAAUGAGACAGGAGUGUGCAGUCCUAUAUCCACCAUACUCUACUGUUCUCCUCAAUGAGACAGGAGUGUGCAGUCCUAUAUCCACCAUACUCUACUGUUCUCCUCAAUGAGACAGGAGUGUGCAGUCCUAUAUCCACCAUACUCUACUGUUCUCCUCAAUGAGACAGGAGUGUGCAGUCCUAUAUCCACCAUACUCUACUGUUCUCCUCAAUGAGACAGGAGUGUGCAGUCCUAAUCCACCAUACUCUACUGUUCUCCUCAAUGAGACAGGAGUGUGCGUCCUAUAUCCACCAUACUCUACUGUUCCUCAAUGAGACAGGAGUGUGCAGUCCUAUAUCCACCAUACUCUACUGUUCUCCUCAAUGAGACAGGAGAGUGUGCAGUCCUAUAUCCACCAUACUCUACUGUUCUCCUCAAUGAGACAGGAGUGUGCAGUCCUAUAUCCACCAUACUCUACUGUUCUCCUCAAUGAGACAGGAGUGUGCAGUCUAUAUCCACCAUACUCUACUGUUCUCCUCAAUGAGACAGGAGUGUGCAGUCCUAUAUCCACCAUACUCUACUGUUCUCUCAAUGAGACAGGAGUGUGCAAGUCCUAUAUCCACCAUACUUACUGUUCUCCUCAAUGAGACAGGAGUGUGCAGUCCUAUAUCCACCAUACUCUACUGUUCUCUCAAUGAGACAGGAGUGUGCAGUCCUAUAUCCACAUACUCUACUGUUCUCCUCAAUGAGGGACAGGAGUGUGCAGUCCUAUAUCCACCAUACUCUACUGUUCUCCUCAAUGAGACAGGAGUGUGCAGUCCUAUAUCCACCAUACUCUACUGUUCUCCUCAAUGAGACAGGACGUGUGCAGUCCUAUAUCCACCAUACUCUACUGUUCUCCUCAAUGAGACAGGGAGAACGCAGUCCUAUAUCCACCAUACUCUACGUUCUCCUCAAUGAGACAGGAGUGUGCAGUCCUAUAUCCACCAUACUCUACUGUUCUCCUCAAUGAGACAGGAGAACGCAGUCCUAUAUCCACCAUACUCUACUGUUCUCCUCAAUGAGACAGGAGAACGCAGUCCUAUAUCCACCAUACCUACUGUUCUCCUCAAUGAGACAGGAGUGGCAGUCCAUAUCACCAUACUCUACUGUUCUCCUCAAUGAGACAGGAGUGGCAGUCCUAUAUCCACCAUACUCUACUGUUCUCCUCAAUGAGACAGGAGUGUGCAGUCCUAUAUUCCACCUACUCUACUGUUUCUCAAUGAGACAGAUGUGCAGUCUAUAUCACCUACUUAUGUUCUCCUCCUGUGCAAUGAGAGACAGGAGUGUGCAGUCAUAUCCACCAUACUUACUGUUCCCUCAAUGAGACAGGAGUGUGCAUCCUAUAUCCACCAUUACUCUACUGUUCUCCUCAAUGAGACAGGAGUGUGCAUCCUUAUCCACAUACUCUACUGUUUCCUCAAUGAGACAGGAGUGUGCAGUCCUAUAUCACCAUACUUACUGUUCUCCUCAAGAGAAGGAGUGUCAGUGUCUCCUCAAUGAGACAGGAGAACGCAGUCCUAUAUCCACCAUACUCUACUGUUCUCUCAUGAGACAGGAGAACGCAGUCCUAUAUCCACCAUACUCUACUGUUCUCCUCAAUGAGACAGGAGAACGCAGUCUUUACAUUUCGAGAGACUGAAGAGAGUCUCCAACUUCUCAAGUUACUGAGUGCUCCUUGGGUUUCCAAGGGAAGAGGUGGAGGAAUGGUUUGGUCAAAGUCGUCAUGGUGAUUGUCUGUGAAUGCUGGAGGCGUGUCGAGGAGAUUGUUUUCCCUCUCUCUGCAUAGCUCAGGUAUUUGCAUGCCCUGUUCGUCUCCAAGGGUCUCCAUAACCAUUAACCAACCUGUUGCAUUGUUGCAUACAUAUUGCAUUCCUCAGGUCUCGUUCAGCUCAGAGUUGACACAAUGCUCCACCUGUGUGUUUUUACGCCCAUUGGAAACCGUAACACUACGUGGUGAUAUCGCAUUGUAAAUCAGCUUAACCCAACACUUCACGGGGAGCUAAGCUAGGGGGGAUUGGUUUUUCCAUUGAACUCUUUUUGAAUGAAGUUGUUUAUUGUACAUUUCUCCCUUCACUGACUGUACAGUAGACAUGUGCGUCAGAUGCGUGUUAGCGUCUGUCGUUCUGAACAGGUGACUACUGUUGGCUAUGUCAUCCAGGGGCCACUCUGAAACUUUGUUCGUGCCUGGUAGAGGGAUGAUUGACAUUGCCUCCAGGAUGCCUGAAAAGCUUGAUGUUGGCCAAACCUGGCUUUUGUGGUCAGAGAAGGUUAUCUCUCCGCAAACAGAUAGAGCAGAUAUAGACUAAGAUACCCUUUUAUCCAACAGUCAGAAAAUGGAGUCAGUACCAGAGACCAAGACUAGGACGAGACUCUCACCAUAUCAGACCCAAAAACCAUGUGUGGUAUGAUCUAUGAUCUCAUGGAAUGAAAGAAUGAAAGCCACACAAUGAGAACGAUAUGGAUACUUUGGUACUGGAAUGGUGCAGGAUCUGGCCUUUGGACAUAUGAUACAGUUAUAGGACUUAUAGGACAUAUUAGAUGUUCUUAUGUGAGAUAUUAUAUUAAAUGUCUAGGGACAUUAGCCUGAAACAUAUUAGCCAGUCAGCUACUGUUGAGCUACUGAAGACAUCCAAUAUGAACAUUACCAUGUAUAAAACAUUACAAAGUUCAGUGCCUUGUACUGCAACAGAAUUGCCAUGUCACAAAACGCUAUCUGGUCAUUACGUUUGAUUGUUGCUUAAUGUGAUUAAUUUUGUAGGUAUCUGUUCUGCAUUGCGUCGUUUGAUCUGAACUGGAUGGAUGUUAGGUGGCUCUGGUACAUGGUUCAUGGUUCAUGGCCCAUGGCUCUGGGUUUUUCCCAUCAUGGAAAGGAGACAACGGAAUGAAACAUUGAGUUAAAUAAGGAAUAUAAUCAAAAGCCUAUUUUGGAGGCGAUUUUUUGAUCAGGUUUUUAUGGAAAUGAGGACUUUGGAGUUUAAAUAUCUCAGAAUGGAAUCAUUAAGUGAUCAUGUCUGAUGAGUAAGAGGAUGAGUAACUAUUUAAUAGAAUCAGAAUCGGAGUGCUGAGCAAAUUGAGUGACUACGUUUUCUGCUCAUCGACUGCCUUGAUGGAAGACCACCAACCAACCAUAGGAUGUGCUUUUUCCCAAAGCUAUUAGGAUAAUGAAAUGACACGUCAAAAAACCAGGUUUAUCCAUAAUUGCACAUCAUUAAAUUUUGGGACAUUUCAUGCUGUUCAAUGGUUAUUUCAAUUAUACCCAUUGAUGUCUGACACACUGUAUAACCUAGUCUUACCAUAUCAGAACCUGAUGACUAUUCAAACUCGUUUUGUAUUUGUCUUUUUUCUAGGGCGGAAGACAAAGACGACAAGGAAACUGUGCCAGGAAAGGAGAUCCAGGUGUCGGUGUGCGAUGAGGAGAAGGUGGUGUGCGGUGUCACCAAACACACAACGUGUGCUGACAUAGUGCAGGCCUUGCUGGAUGACCACAAGACCAUCCCUGAGAGCAAGAGGCUUCUGCACGGCGACCCCAAAGACUUCUGCCUGCUAGAGCGCUGGAAAGGCUUUGAGAGGGCUCUGCCCCCGUUAACCCGCAUCCUCAGGCUAUGGAACGCCUGGGGAGACCAACGACUGUUCAUCCAGUUCACCCUGGUCAAGGCCAGCGAUUUUGUACCCCAAGCAGGAGGCAAGAAGGGGGCCAAAUCGAAGGGGGCUAAGGGGGCUAAAAGAUGGGAGCAAGGCCCAGCCCAGUACUCCCAGUCGCUGCCAGUGGAGAGGCAGAAACGGAUGGUGAAGAAGGCCUUCAGGAAGCUGGAGAAGAUCCAUAAGGAGAAGAGGGUAGUGGGAUCUUCUCCGGGCAGAGAGGAGAUAGACAGGAUGGUUCAGCUGCUUAUCCAACAGGAUCACACCAUCCGGCAUCAGAUCCAGAGGAUGAGGGAGCUGGACUGUGAGAUGGAACGCUUCAAGAUGGAGCUGCAGGGAGGACAACAGGAUACAGAGCCUCUCCAUGAGGGAUUCUCCUCACUCUCCCCAAUCUCCUUCCCACACAGCCACAACCAGAGCCUGGACAGCCAGCCAGGGGUCUCAGAGCAGGAGCUGCUGCAGGAGUGCCUGUAUACUAGUGACGGGGUGGCCCAGUUGGAGAUGCAGCUGCUCAGGCACGAGGAACUUAUAGCCCAGCUGUCCCAGGACAUCGACGUAGAGCUGGCGAGGGCCAUGUUAGUGUUGCCGGAGGUCCCAGACAAGGAUACUCAGUUACAGGGGGCAACGGCAGGCUCUGGGGUCACUUCCGACCCAGACCAGUCCUGGGAAGCGGCAGAACUAGAGAGACUGCAGGCCGAACUGAGGCUUAGCCUGUACACCGGUGUGUCCCUUCACACCCAAACGGCCGAGCUGGAGAAGGAGCUGAAGCGCUAUGAAUCCACACUACUCUCCAAGGACCAGGAGUGCUGGCAGCUGACUUCCCAGCUGAGCACACUGCAGGUGGGGGACAGCGUGCAGGAAAUGCCCAGGCUUGGGACAAUGAAAGGCCCGGCCCCGUGCACUGUUCCACAGGCAGUGAGACUGAAACACAGCCUGUCCCCUACAGAUGUUACAGACACAGACUCAGACACAGGGAUCAGCUCCACACACAGUCAGGACUCACUGUCUCCCUGCCUGGACAUGAUCCUGCCACCGCUGGACACUGAUGUCUGAGAUGUCUGCCUCUCUGGAUUCACCUCAGAAGGCAAUAGACAAUCCCGAUAUUUGCCUGGUGCAUUAAUUUGAAACUGUAUUAAUCAGUGAGUUACACCGACACAUUUGCUACUUCAAUGUUAAUAGUAAUUUCUUACUAUUCCUACUUUUGAUGUGCCCAUUGUUUGACACUUCAUUAAGUAUUGAUAGAUUAACCAAAACACAAAACACAAAAUGAUUGUUUUAUAUUAAAACAUUCAGCAGACUUUUGUAGAUGUAGAAUUGUACAACUCUGCCUUUGUUAUAAACUGUAAAGGAUAAUAUUUUCAUAUUUUCUUCAUAAGCUAUUUGAUGAUAUAAUGUCACACUGAGAUUCAUCAAAAUGACAAAAGAAAAAUUAGAUGUAAGGGAAAACUAUAUUUAUUUGUGUUCCUGUUUUGGAGCAUUAGACUAUUUGUUAAACUGUAUGUUUAUAGACAUUCCAAAAGCAUAUAAAGCCAAACUAGACAUUUCUCAAUCUGUGUGCCGCUAGUGACUAUCAUUCAUAUAAAAUGAAAGCCAUUUAAGCUAAAAAAAUAAAAGUGCAUUCUUUACUGCAACAAUAAAGG